GACACUUGCGAACGCGGUAAAGUGAUUUAAACAACACAGAGGAGAUAUAUACAGCAAUAAAAGGCGGCCUUCAUUUGACAACAGGACGAUGGCUGAACGGUGUCCAAGAUGUCAGAAUAUGGUGUACUUUGCUGAGGAAGUGAAAGCAUUAGGAAAGAAAUGGCACAAGCUCUGUUUUAAAUGUGGAAACUGCAACAAACUGUUGGAUAGCACAACAUGCACAGAGCAUGAUGGAGACGCUUUUUGUAAAUCUUGUUACGGAAAACUUUUUGGACCCAAAGGGUAUGGAUUUGCAGGGGGAUCUUCCGGUUUAUCUAUGGACACUGGGAAUCCUCAUCAGCAAACUCGAAGUAAUGUUUCUCAUUACUCUGAGGCACAAGGUGCCCCUUUGGUGAAUCAAGGAAAACCAAAGUGGGGAGGGACAGAUGGUUGCCCCAGGUGUGGAAAGCCGGUGUAUUUUGCAGAGGAGAUGAGAGCUUUGGGAAAGAAGUUUCACAAACUCUGUUUGGCUUGUGCCAAGUGCAACAAACUGCUAGAUAGUACAACCUGUAAUGACCAUGAUGGGGAAAUCUUCUGUAAGGCCUGCUAUAGCAAGAGUUUUGGACCCAAGGGGUAUGGAUUUGCUGGAGGAGCUUCAGGGCUGUCUAUGGAUACAGGGCGUCGAAAUGAAAUCACCACUGGAAAUGUUUCUCACUUGGCCCAAGCCCAAGCAGCACCAUUAAUGAAUGGUGGUGGAUCCAAUCGUUUCGGGGGAGGAGACUGCUGUCCUAGAUGUGGGAAGCAGGUUUAUUUUGCAGAGGAGGUCCGUGCCAUGGGGAAGAAGUACCACAAACUGUGCCUUAGAUGUGCUAAUUGUAACAAAGGACUAGACAGUACAAAUUGUACUGACCAUAACGAUGAGGUGUUCUGUAAGACGUGCCAUGGAAAACUCUUUGGACCAAAGGGAUAUGGCUUUGCUGCUGGAGCUUCAGGACUUUCCAUGGAUACUGGAAACCCGCACCAUGUGACAAAAGAGAAUGUAUCCUCGUAUGCUGUGGCUCAGGCUGCUCCGUUACUGGAGAAUGAUAACAGGAAGUCAGCGGGCUAUGGAUCAUCGGACAUAUGUGGAAGGUGCAACCAGGCGGUGUAUUUUGCUGAGAAAAUCAUGGCAGGAGGUGGUAUCUAUCACAAAGCCUGUUUCAAUUGUACGGCGUGCAGUAAGAAAUUGGACUCCACUACAGUGACUCAGGCAGAGGGCGACAUUUUCUGUAAAUCUUGUUAUGGAAAACAUUUUGGACCAAAAGGUUUUGGAUUUGGACAGACUUUACAACACACAGGCUGAGUAGAGGUGGAUCUAAGUAAUGUAGAGGUGGAUCCAAGUUUUUAUUUGGACUGACCUUUAUGGAAGAAUGCCUUGUGACUUUUGGCAUUGUUAUCUGUGUUAAGGUCAAAAUGUUGUCGGUAUCUGGUGCUGAUGUCAACAUUUCCAAUUACAUACAUGUAAAUGUAUUGCAACAUAAAAAUAAGUGAUCUUUCUUUUAAUAUAUUUUGUGUAUUCAAGAGUGAGAGAAAAUUCAUUUUCUUUUUUUGUUGGAUUUUUUUAAACCUGAUUUUUAAAUAUUUUAUUAUUUUUAAUAUUUUUUAGCAACUUAAACAGAAAAACCAUACAAUUUUAAAGUAUGAAAUAUUUUUUUUCCCGUUUUUAAAAACUAAUUUUUUUAUGGUCUUGAAUACUGUUAUCUAUUUAUAAAAAAACUUUUCUUUUUCCAUUUUUCCAAUUCAUACUCCACCUCAAAGUGAUAUCCCAAUAUGAACUCGAUGGCUGAAAAGAAGAAGGGCUUAUAUUGAAGAAGGAUUUAAAUUAGAUGUUAUAUGAAAAGGGGAUGUGAUUUGAUUUUUAUUGCAUGCUUAUCUAGAAUUCACUAACCGAAAUCUUGUUUAUUUUAAGUUUUUCUCUCUACAGAAUUUUAAUUUUUUUUUAAUAAUUCACUUACCGGGUAUAUACAUUUUUUUUUAACCAAAAAACUUCUAGUGCAUGUAUUCAAAGUUUUUAAAUGUCUGUUAUUUUAAGUUCCAAUUUUGAGAGGGACUCUUCUCACUUAAACCAGAAACUUCCUUUAAUACAAGCUUCAUGUUUUAUUCAAUUUGUGCUAGAUUCAAAGAUUAUAAAAAAAAAUAUUGGCAAGAAAGAGGAUGUUAUAUCCAGACAAUUUAUUUUAUUGGAAUAAAUUUAUAUUCAUUUGAGAAACCACCGACUCUCACUCAUGUACUAUUUUUCUCAUUGUUAAUCAAGAUAUACAUAUUGACUGUAGUUAUAUUGACAUUAAGCUCUUAGGUUGUGAUGUCAUUUACACGUACCUCGUGUUAUCCAGUGUGGAACACAAUACGUGUUGUCAAUUUGUCAUAUUUAUACUGUUUACUGCAUGAUUAUGUAUACAUCAAAAUUGGACCAUGUUAUGAUUUAUUUUGUUAGAUGUUGUAAAUGGAAGACAGAAAAUGAAUGCAUUGUUGAAAAAUUUUACAGUUUUAUUAACUGAAAUUACUUUUUUCCCUUUACUUCUCAACAAGAAAUUAAUUUUUUUUUUCGAGGUGAAGAUUUUUUCUGUGUUCACUAAACCAAUAUCUAUGUAGUUAUGUUGGACUUCCAUUGUGUUUUUCGAGCUUAAUAGGAGUCUGUAAAUGAAAACACUUGCUGCUUCCAGACAGGACUUCUUGUUUUUAACAAAACUUUUUUUUGUUUCCUUCAUAUUGAUAAAUUAUCGAUUUAUUUUAUUCUUGUGUAGUAGGGUAUUGCCUUUAAAGAUUUUGUUACCGGUAAUUGUUCCCAUGUGUGUGGAAAUUUUUUAUUAUUUACGUAAAUGCAUAUUAUUUUUUCAGAUUUAGUUUAUAUGUUUAAAUCUCAAGCAUCUCACAGGUAUAAUUUAUUAUUGAACUUGUUGUAUCUAAGACGUAUAAAUAUUGUCCAUUACAGUCAAAGAUUUUUUUUCUUCAAGGAGAGAUUUUUUUUCUUCUAAAAAACAAGAUUGUUAAAGAAUCUCAUUUAAUAAUUUUCCUGUCCUGUUGCAUUUUUGCAUACUCAAAAUUGAAAAGGGACCAUCAUUUUAAAGGAUUUAGAUUUUCUUUACUUUUUUGCUUGGAAAAAAUUGCAUGGGACCAGGAAAUAUUUCUAAUAUUGUCUGACUUUUGUAGAGUUAAGAGUGCAUAAAUACAAAGAAUGGCAUUAUUAGUGUUGUCACAAAUAAACUGGAAAGUACAACUA